AUGGCACCUAAAAUCGACCCAACGAUUCUCAAAGCACUCUUACUAGAUGCGGCGGACACUUCAAUAGCGUCUCAUGGCGGAAGCGGCUUUGCAUCCACAUUCAAGAUCACGAGUAAGGACAAUGAAGGAGAAGAAAAGCUAUUUUUCGUCAAACAAGGGAAAGGGAAGGAAAGCCAGAUUAUGUUUGCUGGAGAACACGCGUCCCUAAACGCAAUCUACUCCAUCGUCUCCAGCCUCUGCCCUAGAUCUUACGCCCACGGCCUCCUCUCCUCCACCACUGGCGCCUUCCUCGCAACAGACUUUCUCAACUUCUCCGCACGCUCCUCGUCUUCCCCAUCCUCCUCCUAUUCAGGUCUCUCUCUCGCCCAAAAACUAGCAAGACUCCACAGUACGCCAGCACCCAUUCCUGAUGGCUACGAUAAACCGAUGUUCGGUUUCCCCGUCCCGACUUGCUGUGGCGAUACACAGCAAGACAACAGUUUUAAAUCUUCGUGGGCGGAAUUCUACGCCGAUAAUCGGCUGCGACACAUCCUGAAAUCAGCUGAGAAGAAUAAUGGGAAGGAUUCCGAGCUUUCUAACCUCGUGGAAAGGACGACGAGUGUUGUGGUUCCGAGACUGUUGGGAAAUGGGAAUUUGAAGACCUCGAGUGGAGGAGAUGUAGUUCCGGUUGUAGUGCACGGUGAUCUCUGGUCCGGAAACCAUGGCGUUGGAACGAUUGGGAAAGGGGGUGUUGAAGAGGUUGUUUUUGAUCCUAGUUGUAGUUACUCGCACAGCGAGUUUGAGUGGGGGAUUAUGCGGAUGUUUGGCGGCUUUGGGGGCAGUUUUGAGAGGGAGUAUUACGAGUUGAAGGGGAAGGAUGAGCCGAUUGAGGAAUGGGAUGAUAGAGUGAAGUUGUAUGAGUUGUAUCAUCAUUUGAAUCAUUACUCGAUUUUCGGGGGUGGGUAUCGCGGGGGUGCGGUGAGGAUUAUGGAGGAGUUGGUGAGGAAGUAUGGGGAUGGGGAGUAA